AUGGGUGUUGUUAGUACUCCUGAGUCUAAGCAAAGUGUUUCUGUGAAAAGAGCAUUUCGUCCAAGCUCCAGCAUCAGACACACUCCUCAAUGGCCGGUCUCGGACGUUACAAGUGACUUGACCAUAGAAGUUGGCUCUGCAAGCUUUUCUCUUCACAAGUUUCCUCUCAUCUCUCGGAGUGGAAGAAUCAAGAAACUUCUUUUCGAGUCAAAAGACAACAAGAACGCUUACCACCUGAACCUACCGGCACUUCCCGGCGGCUCAGAGGCGUUUGAGCUCGCCGCGAAAUUCUGCUACGGCAUCGUCCUCCAGUUCACGCCGUCGAACAUCGCGGCGUUGAGAUGCGUGGCUCAUUACCUGGAGAUGACAGAGGACUUGUCGGAGAAGAAUCUCGAGGCGAGAACAGAGUCUUACCUGAAAGACUCGAUCUUUAACGACAUCUCGAACUCCAUCACCGUGCUUCACUCCAUCGAGAGGCUGUUACUGCCUGUAGCUGAAGAGAUUAGCCUCGUCGGGAGGCUCGUGAACGCCAUCGCUGGUAACGCAUGCAAAGAACAGCUCGUCUCUGGCUUGCUCAAGCUUGAUCAGAACUUCGGCGGGAGAUUGACGCCGGAGAUGGAGAAACCUUCUGACUGGUGGGGAAGGUCUCUCCUCAUCCUCAAGCUCGAUUUCUUCCAGAGAGUUGUCUCCGCCAUGAAAUCCAAAGGCUUGAAUCAUGAGAUCAUCAGCGAGAUCCUCAUGAGCUACGCUCGCAAGUCACUCCAAAUCAUCAGAGAACCGAGUCUUCUCAAAGGAAACGUGACGGUUCUUGAUUCCGAUCUGCAGAAGAAGCAACGGAUCAUCCUGGAAGCGAUCGUGAGUCUCCUCCCGACGCAAGCGAACAAAAUCUCGAUCCCGAUCUCGUUCCUCUCCAGCUUGUUGAAGACAGCUAUAGCAUCUGCGACCUCUGUUUCUUGCAGAUCGGAUCUUGAGAAGCGGAUAAGCCACCAGCUUGACCAAGCGAUUCUUGAAGACAUCUUGAUUCCGGCGAACGUCGGCGCCAUGUAUGACACUGACUCCGUGCAAAGAAUCUUCUCCAUGUUCUUGAAUCUCGACGAGUGCGACUACGAAGACGACGACGGUGGUGAUGGAGAUGCGGUUGACGAGAGAGAGAUGGCUAUGUACGACUUCGAAGGCUCUGAGUCUCCAAAACAGAGCUCCAUCUUCAAGGUGUCGAAGCUGAUGGAUAGUUAUCUAGCUGAGGUGGCUCUCGACUCGAACCUCCCUCCUUUCAAGUUCAUAGCUCUCUCUGAGCUUCUCCCUGACCAUGCUCGUGUCGUCUGCGAUGGCCUUUACCGAGCCAUUGAUAUCUUCCUCAAGGUUCAUCCAAACAUGAAAGAUUCAGAUCGCUACCGUCUCUGCAAGACAAUCAACUGUCAGAAACUUACACAAGACGCAAGCAGCCACGCGGCCCAGAACGAGAGACUUCCGGUCCAGAUCGCGGUUCAAGUCUUGUUCUACGAACAGACGCGGCUCAAGAACACGAUGACAAGCGGCGGAGGUGGUGGCGGUUCGAGUCAGAGCCAGUUCUUCUUGUUCCCGGGACAGUUUCCGAACCGUUCCGGGAGCGGUAUGGCGAGCGGUGCGAUCUCGCCGAGGGAUAACUAUGCGUCGGUGAGAAGAGAGAACAGAGAACUUAGGCUGGAGGUGGCGAGGAUGAGGAUGAGGCUGACUGAUCUUGAGAAGGAUCAUGUUUCGAUGAAGAGAGAGUUUGUAAAGCCAGCGAGCCGGAGGACGCGGUAUGGACUGUUUAGGAAGCUCUCUAGAGGUCUUAACAAGUUGAACGCAGUUGUGUUGAGAUUUAGAAGCAGCCAGAGAAGUGUGGCUGGUAACGGUAAGCAUACGGAGGAGAAGACAAAUUCGGAGAAACGAUUCAUGUUUCAGAAGAGAAGAUGUCAUUCUGUUUCUUGA